AUGCGGAGCCUCAGCCAACUCGAUGUCUUCCCAAAGUUUGACAUGAAGUUCGAGCAGGACGCACGCCAGCGCACGGUGCUGGGCGGCCUCUUCUCCGUGCUGUCCCUCAUCAUAAUCACCUUCCUCGUGGUGGGCGAGGUGCGCUACUUCUGCUCCACUGUCGAGCACCACGAGAUGUACGUCGACCCGCACCUCGGCGGGACGAUGGACAUCAUCGUCAACGUCACGUUCCCGCGGGUCCCGUGCGAUCUCAUCACCGCCGACGCCGUCGACACGUUCGGCACAUUUGCGGAGGGGGCCGAGCGCAACACCGUCAAGACACGCGUCGAAAGUGCGACGCUGUCGGCAAUCAGCGAGGCGCGGCCGAUAGUGGACGAGAAGAAGAAGAUGACCAAAGCUAUCGACCCCGACGGCGCCGAGAAGGAGAACUGCCCCAGCUGCUACGGCGCGGAGCGCGAUCCCGGCGACUGCUGCCCCACCUGUGAUGAUGUUCGGCGCGCGUACGCGAUUCGCGGGUGGGUCUUGAACGUCGACGACAUCAGCGUGGAGCAGUGCGCCGAGGAGCGCUUGCGGCAGGCGGCGGUGAUCAGCGGCAAGGAAGGGUGUAACGUGUACACCACGUACACCGUGGCGCGGGUGACGGGAAACAUUCACUUCGUGCCUGGCCGCAUGUUCAGCCUUAUGGGGCGCCACCUGCAUGACUAUAAGGGGGAGACGGUGCGGCGCCUGAACCUCAGUCAUAUUGUGCAUACACUCGAGUUCGGUGAGCGGUUUCCUGGGCAGAGCAACCCGCUGGAUGGCCUGGCGAACAUUCGUGGCGCCGUUGACCCAAGCGAGGAGGUGAAUGGACGCUUCAGUUACUUUGUGAAGAUCGUCCCCACACACUACCAGGUUGCCUCCUUCCUUGGCCUUGGCGCCGUUGUGGAAUCCAACCAGUACUCUGUCACGCAUCACUUCACCGCCAGUCAGAGCAGUGAGGAGGGGGCCCUGAAAGCGGAUACGGCGCCGUCACUUGUGCCAGGAGUGUUCAUCACCUACGAUCUGUCCCCCAUCAAGGUCUCUGUUCUUGAGACGCAUCCAUAUUCCUCCAUUGUGCAUCUCUUGUUGCAGUUGUGCGCGGUCGGUGGCGGUGUCUUCACUGUAGCUGGCCUCCUCGAUUCAUUUCUGUUUCAUGGCAUCCGGCGGGUACAACGGAAGAUGAAUCAGGGCAAACAAGCUUGA